GCCUGUCGGGAGCGGCGGUGCGCGCUGCGACCGCAAUGGCGUGCAGGCGUGGGGCUCUCAUCGUGCUGGAGGGUGUGGACCGCGCAGGCAAGAGCACCCAGAGCCGCAAACUGGUGUCCGCGCUGUGUGCCGCCGGCCACCGCGCCGAGCUGCUGUGCUUCCCGGAACGAUCAACAGAAAUUGGCAAACUUCUCAGUUCCUACUUGGAGAAGAAAAGUGAACUGGAGGAUCACUCAGUGCAUCUGCUUUUUUCUGCCAACCGCUGGGAACAAGUACCCUUAAUUAAGGAGAAGUUGCGCCAGGGUGUGACCCUUGUUGUGGACAGAUACGCCUUUUCUGGUGUUGCAUUCACAAGUGCCAAGGAGAAUUUUUCCCUGGAUUGGUGCAAACAGCCAGAUGUGGGCCUGCCCAAGCCUGACCUGAUCCUAUUCCUUCAGUUACAACUGGCAGACGCCUCUACUCGGGGGGAAUUUGGCCGCGAGCGGUAUGAGGAGAAGACCUUCCAGGAGCGGGUGCUGGGCAGCUUCCAGCAGCUCAUGAGGGACUCAACUUUGAAUUGGAAGGUGGUCGACGCUUCCAAGAGCAUCGAGGCUGUCCACGAGGAAAUCUGCUCGCUCUCGGAGGCUGCCAUCCUUGGUGCAGCACGAAGGCCCCUGGGAGAGCUGUGGCUGUGAACGUGGCCACCACUGAGACUGGCACCAGGUCCUUCAGACACUCAGCGGCAUGCUGAUGUUGGUUUCCAGGGCUGUCUCCUGGUGGCAGAGCCCUGGCCGCGUGGGUGCUAGGCAGUACCGUGGACUUGUAUUUCUCUGUCCUGAAAAUGUUAAUAUACAUGCUUUCUUAUUUAACCUGAGCGGUCGCUCAGAAAUGGCAGUCUCUUCUUUUUUGUAGUCCUCUGGUGUGAACCGAGGGCCUCGAACAAGCUAAGGAAGCGCUUUAACGCCGAGCUGCCACCCCUGCCCUUUUCUUAACUUUACCUUGAGACAGGCUGUCACUGAGUUGCCCGGGCUGGCCUUGAACUCCCAGUCCUCUUGCAGCUGAAGCUACUGGCAUGGGCCACUGGGCCCCGCUUCUGAAUCUGUUACAGGCCCCAAUAAAAACGAACCUGCAAACA